AUGGCAUCUGGCUUGGCAUCGCUUGCUAGCUACGAUAGCGACUCGGACGAUCAGGAUGCUGCACCUGCCCUGGUGACCGCCCCUAGCAGCCAUGUGGUCUCGACCGCUCCGGCACCUGCAGCCUCCUCUUCCAAGCUCGGGUCACUGCUUCCACCGCCAAAAGCAGGACUGACAUCAAAGCUCCCUCCGCCCUCCUCAUCCUCAAAAGGAAGCGGCCUGUCGCUACCACCGCCGACAUCUUCAUCAUCCAGCAAGCGGAAAGUCAUCAAAAUCGAUUCGCUCAACUCUUUCAAGGAAAGCGAAGAUGGUGCCGACUCGGAUGAUGCCGCGGAGGGCAGUGCAAAUAGCAAGAAGCCGAAGCUAGCGAUCGGCGCAACAAAUGGAGGAUCGAGCAAGCAUUCCCUGUUCGGUAUGCUACCAGCACCAAAGCGGAAGGACGACGAGGUUCUAGCCGAGAGAAGCAGGCAAGCAGAGGCAAGGAAAGCGGCCAAGGCCGUGGAGGGGUCAGAUACACAAAUGGUGGCAGAUGAACGGCUGAGAUUUCAUGCGGAGGCUGAGCAUGCUAGCUCACAUGAAGCUCCGAACGAGUCUGCUACCGCGUCGAACAGCAAAACGAAAGGAAAGAACAACGACGCCUUUAGAGCCAUGCUCGGUCUAAAGCCCUCGACGGCUGCUAAGCCAAACCCUUCGGCCGCCUCGACCUCUUCGACCGCUAGGGCCCAUACAGGCACAGCUCCGAGGACAUCAUCUUCCCAUUCGGCAGUUCAAUUACCAGCAUCCUCACAUUCCGCUGCCGAGACAGCUGCGAUACCGACGAGCAAGCCAGACGCUGCGGCCCCAGUCGACUUCUUCUCAAUCUCAACUGCCCCUCGUUCCAGUAAAGCUGCAUCUUCAUCACAAACCUCUUCGUUCUCAAUCUCGGCAGCACCCGUCAUCGAUCAUCCAAAGACACAGCAAAGCGAAGAAGGUGUCGAUUCCGGCCCCAACGACGAGUCGGAAUACCCGGGUUGGCAACUCGACCCGGACGGCUCAUGGGUGCCCGUCACACCCGAGGCACAAGCCCAGUUUCUCGCCUACCAACAGUCUACCACCACCCCUUCCGCCCCUCCUACAUCGAAAAGUGCAUCCAAUCUCGACGGUACACGUGAUCUUAUUGCAGCAGGUCUUACACCGGAAGACAUACAAGCCUUCGACGCAUCCUCUGCCGCACGCCAAGCCUAUCUCUCAGCGGACGGUGAUGAGGCCGACAGCGACAAAUACGCAGCCGCCGCCGAGUUUGCAGCCGGUAACAGGGAGAUACAGCAGAGGAAACCAGGUAUGCUCAAAGGUUUAAGGAAGGGUCAGCUGAGCAGUCUAGUCAGUUUGGCGGGCGAGAAUCGAGCAAAGUUGGAGAAGAGGUGGCAGAGGGGACGCGAGCAGAACGCUCGCAGGACGAAUCAGUAUGGCUUUUAA